AGAAAAGAAAAGCAAACGGCGACGAGAGAGGGAAAAGGAGAGGGGAAAGACAAAGGAAUCGAAAGUCGGCGCCUCAUGUCUCGUUAGCUUAGCCGACCAAUCAUCACGUCCUUUUCCCCUCCCCCACCACCUCCUCCUCCUCCUCCCCCCGCCCACCAAAAUCCCUCUCUCUCUCUCUCUCUCUCUCUCUCUCUCUCUCUCUCUAACACACAUACACACAGAGUUUUCCACUUUCUUAUAAAACCCUUACUCCCUCUCUUCCCUCUCAUUUUCUUCUCCUCCAGUUUUUCCGUUCUUGUUCCGUUUUAUUUUUUGUUUUUAACUUCUUUAAUUCCUCUUCUCUGUCUCUCUGCGGUUUCUUCCGUAUAUAUUUUUUCCCAAUCGGAAGACGCAUCGAUUCUAUUUGAGAUCUUCCCCAAAAAUCUUAUCUUUUUUGGGUUUUAAUUUCUGGGUUUAUUUGGAAAUUGAUUUUUUUUUGCUUCUUUAAUUAUGAAAGGCGCGGUUGUUCAAUCGGUUGUUGAAAGGGUUGAAGACGGCGAUAAGGAGAAGAAGAAGAGGCGCAGAUCCAAUCGCCGAUCCAAGCAAAACAAUUCCACUUCAGUAGCGUAUUGGUGCUGUUUGGCUGUUGGGUAAUAUAAGUCCUGGUCAAGGAGUGGGAUUAUCCUGCAAAUGCUAAGCAGCUAGUCCGAUAAAUGAAAUACGAGGUGAAGUAUUUGAGUGCCUGGCAAAUGGAAGUAUGCCUCAUCAUGUAAACACAUCCUUGAAGCAACUUCAGUUAGACAUGCAUUCUCCAUAUGAGCACGGAAUGAUCAAAGCAUCUAAUUUUGCCUUCAAUUCAUUGCCAACAAUGCACAUCAAUGAACAAGUCAACCACGAGGAUGUGCAAAUUUUGGUAUAUCAGCACUCUCUCCAAUGUGAUCCUUCUGAAAGAGUUAUUGCAAAUUCUUGUCCUAAACCCUUGGCUUGUAGAGGAUCACCUGCAAUGUUCAAGGAUUUCCCUAUUCAUAACAUUGAGAGUCAUGCUCGGAGAAAAUGUUUUACUUCACACUGGCCCAUAGAGGCUGUUAAUGAUGCUCUGGAGAAAGGUGAUGCUUUCAGAGCUGUGUUUCGAGUCAAUGCACACAACCGACUUGAGGCCUAUUGCAAUAUUGAUGGUGUACCAACGGAUGUUCUCGUUGGAGGACAUGCUGAGCAGAAUAGAGCUGUGGAAGGAGACAUUGUGGCGAUUAAGGUUGAUCCCUUAGUGUUAUGGACUAGGAUGAAAGGAUCAGCUGGGACUUGUACCAGCUCUGCACUGGUGGAGGAUUUUAACUUACCACAAGAAGCUAAUGAAAUUUCUGGUCUUAACUGCAAAGGUAAAGAUAAGGUAGACGAAGUGAAUUUGUAUGAUAAUGAUAGAAGAAGCCUGUUUCCUGAGAGGGGCUCACAUCCUGAAGAAAGUAACACCCUUGGUGAAUCUGUUAAUUCAGAGCGAAUUGGACAAACAAGUUAUGAUCAUAUGACUGGAAGGUACCCCUCGGCUUCAGAUUCUUUACGAGCAGGUUCUCAUGGUGAGCAGAAUGAAGUUGCAGUUGCGGUAGAGUGGAUGUGUGCCACGAUCAGUUCAUUCCCUUCAAAACGACCAACUGGCAGGGUUGUUGCUAUCAUUGAAAGGUCUCCUCGUCGAGACGCUGUUGUUGGUUUUCUUCAUGUUAAGAAGUGGAUUGCUUACAGGGAGGUUUGCAGAAACGACACGAGAAAGAACAAAAAUGGAUCAUUUUCUAACAACGAGUACAUCCAGAUGACCCCAACUGACCCCAGAUUUCCAAAAAUGGUGGUCCUUGUGAGAACCCUGCCUGAUUCGAUCAAGAAAAGAUUGGAGAAUGGUGAUGAGUCAAUCGAAAUGGAAUUGUUUGCUGCCCGAAUAGAUGAAUGGGAUGAACAAAGUUCUGCUCCUCAAGCUGUCAUCUUGAAUGCUUUUGGGCGGGCAGGUGAAGUACAGCCACAAGUUGAAGCAAUUUUAUUCCAAAAUUCAAUUAAUUGGUCUGAUUUUUGUCAUGAAUCACUUUCCUGUCUUCCUCCUCUCCCAUGGGAGGUGCCUCAGGAGGAAAUCAAAAGUAGAAAGGAUCUUCGAAACCUGUUCAUAUUUACCAUCGACCCUUCCACUGCUACUGAUCUGGAUGAUGCUCUCUCAAUUGAGAAAUUACCCAAUGGAAUUUUCAGAGUUGGUAUCCACAUUGCUGAUGUGUCGUAUUUUGUUUUGCCUGACACACCCUUAGACAAAGAAGCUCAAUCUAGAUCAACAAGUGUGUAUAUGUCACAGAGGAAAUUACCAAUGUUGCCUCCUUUGCUCUCAGAGGAUAUUGGUUCGCUUAACCCAGGAGUAGAGAGACUUGCAUUUUCAAUUUUCUUUGACAUCAACCAUGUUGGGGAUGUUGUUGACCGAUGGAUUGGCCGCACUGUAAUAAGGUCUUGUUGCAAGCUAUCUUAUGAACAUGCUCAGGAGAUUAUCAAUGGGAAACUUAAUUUGGAAAGUUCUAACAUUUUAGGACAUGGUCGUCCUCAGUUGCAUGGCCAUUUUGAAUGGUCUGAUGUAAUUAGAUCUGUCAAUGACCUUCAUGAAAUUUCCAGAGUUUUGAAGGAGAGGAGGUUUAGUGAUGGGGCUCUUCAGCUUGAAAGCUCCAAAGUUGUUAUUCUGUUUGACGAAAAUGGAGUUCCAUAUGAUAGCAUGUAUUCUGAAUGGAAGGACUCCAAUUUUCUUGUCGAGGAGUUUAUGCUUUUAGCAAAUAGAGCAGCGGCUGAAGUCAUAUCUAGAGCUUUUCCUGAGAAUGCAUUACUGCGGAGGCACCCAGAACCUACUAUGCGCAAACUCAGGGAAUUUGAAGCAUUUUGUUCUAAGCAUGGUUUGGAAUUGGAUACAUCUUCUUCUGGGCAGUUCCAGCAAUCAUUGCAGAGAAUCAGGGAAGAGCUCAAGGAUGACUCUGUUCUAUUCAAUAUUCUUAUGAAUUAUGCUACAAAACCAAUGCAGUUGGCUUCUUAUUUUUGUAGUGGCCAAUUAAAAGAUAGAGAAAAUGAUUGGGGUCACUAUGGACUUGCUGUUCCUUUGUACACUCAUUUUACGUCACCACUGCGUCGGUAUCCAGAUAUUGUGGUGCAUCGCACAUUGGCUGCAGUUAUAGAGGCAGAGGAGUUAUUUUUGAAAUGUCGGAGAAUAUUGAAUAAUUUAAGCAGGGGAGAUGAAGUUAAAAUGAGAUGUUUCACUGGUAUUUAUUUUGAUAAGGAUGUUGCUGAAUCCUGUGAAAUCAAGGAAGCAUUAUUGGCAGCAGCAAUAAAGCAAAGAGUUCCCUGCUCUGAAAUGCUUGCUGAUGUUGCCGCUUAUUGCAAUGAAAGAAAGCUGGCUAGUAGACAUGUCAAAGAUGCUUGUGAUAAGCUAUACAUGUGGGCCCUGCUGAAGAAAAAGGAGCAGUUGCAGAUUGUCCUGUCAGAAGCAAGAGUAUUGGGUGUAGGACCUAGGUUCAUGUCCAUUUAUAUUCACAAGCUUGCUGUUGAACGUCGAAUAUAUUAUGAUGAAGUUGAAGGCUUGAUGGCAGAAUGGCUUGAUGCGACGUCCACAGUGGUGCUGAAUUUAUGUUCUAACAGACGCUCGCUUAGGAGAGGUAGUCCUGGUAAAUGGAGGGCACUUGAAGAUGUUGCCUUGGUUGUAAGACCUUAUGGCCUCAAAGCUGAACUAGGCGGAACUGGAAAUAGUUCUAAUGAGGGUGCUGGGACCCAAGAUGUUGGCGGAGCCACCCAUAGUGAAAUCGAUCCUUUGGUUUUCCCCCUUACACUGCGUGUUCUUUCAACCAUUCCUGUAGUGCUUCAUGCAGUUGGAGGGGAUGAUGGACCCGUCGAUAUUGGGGCAAGGCUGUACAUGAGCUCAUAUCUCUGCUAGAUUGGGGUUUGAACUGGUUAACCUAGUUGCCGAUUGAUGGAACUUACAGAGACGAAUGGUUUAUUACAGAUGAAUGAUAACAGGUCAGGUUCUGUUGCUUAUAGGAAUUUAGUGUAUAGACUGGAUAGAGGUUUAGAAGAAAAUAAUAACUUUGUGGUUUAGAUAUCCGCUGAUGCUCUAUGGAUUUGUCUUAUGGCGAAACAUUUUGUGGAAGGGUGUUGAUAAUGGAGAAAGGGGGUGUGUCUUAGUCUGUGUUAUUGGCUUAUCGCAGCUGUUUUUGAUAGAGCUGCUUGCUGGAAUAGGCCGCUGUUUUUGUUGGCCAGUCUCGUCCAGUGUAACUCGGUGAAUAUGCGCCUGCUGUGUCAGGCCCUUUGACACCGAGUUGUUUAAGCCAAAAUUGGGUUGGGGGUGGUUAAUUUUCUGUUUUUGUUAUUCCUGGACUGCUGCCCAUAAGGUUUUUGCUGUUUAUGAUCUGGUUUGUUCUUGUGACAUGAAUAUGGGACUGGCAGUCUCCAGUUGAAUCAUAUGCAAUCGCAACACUUAUGUGAAUUACAGUUUCCAACUUUAUUUGCUGUUUAUGUUUAUGCCAUGGAUUAGGUAUUGCCAACUUUCCAGUGUUAUUUUGGAUGACAGUUUUCUUCCAAGUAAUAUGAUUCUUCA